AUGUUGAAGCUGGUUGCAUUAUCUACUUUACUCGCUGUGGCGGUUGCACGUCCUGGCUACCUUUCACACGCACCUUUGCUCUACUCAGCGCCAGCUACCGUCAUCCAUGAGCCUGUUUUGGCUAAAGUCGGCGCUAUAGUUAAGAGCUAUCCCACCGCUGUAUCCCAUCAGAGUUCGUCGGUUGUCCAUAGCUCAGCUAUUGCCGUGGAGCCAAUUCUUGCACCGAUUUUGAAGACUACUUACACAGCGCCAUUGUUGCAUGCCGCUCCGAUUUAUAAGUCCAUCGCUCUGCCAUCUCUACACACUUCACAUUCGGCUGGUUGGUGGUAA